CUCCUCCUCCCCCCCCCGCCCCUGCCUCUCUCCCUCGCCCGCCUCCCCCAUCCUCCGCUCCUCCGCUCCUCCGCUCUCCCCCCCCCAUCUAGCCAUGGCCAAGUCUGGAUCCGGCACCGCGGCUAACCCGCGCGACCACGCAAUUCCCGGCGCUCUGCGUCUGAAGGGCGCCGGCAAGAAGAAGUCCAAGAAGUCCAAGAAGGUCGAUGCCGCGGCCGCAGGUGCUGCAGUCGAUGCCUCCGCCAAGACAAAGAGCUCCUCCCCCCCGCCCGCUCUUAUCGAGCCGGAGAAGACCCCGGCCGAGCUCGAGUAUGAGGCCACCAUGCGCGAGCGUCGUUCGCAAAAGAUCGAGCAGAUGGCCAGCAAGUCUCAUCGCGAGCGUGUAGCCGAGUUCAACGCCAAGCUGGAGAAGCUCACCGAGCACAAUGAUCUGCUUCGUAUCAGCGGCUCUUAAUGUCUUCCCACCUGCACCUCCUCUUCCGCUCGCCAGGCCUCUGCUCCUCUAUCCACCUCCACCCCCCUGGACUUUGGCCUUUCGUCUGGGAUGCUUCAAAUAUACACAUUCAAAAGUAUUCUAGCCUUCUACUGGC